AUGAGUGUGGGAAGGAUCAACCGAUACAGCAUUGUGUCAUCCGAGGAAGAGGGCCUCCGCCUCACUACCAUGCAUGGCAUGAAUGGCUUUGGCAAUGGCAAGAUUCACACACGCCGCAAAUGUCGCAAUCGUUUUGUCAAAAAGAAUGGCCAGUGCAACGUGCAGUUUGCCAACAUGGAUGAGAAGUCACAACGCUACAUGGCUGACAUCUUUACCACGUGUGUUGACAUUCGUUGGCGAUGGAUGCUGGUAGUCUUCACUCUUGUGUUUGUUGUCUCCUGGCUUGCUUUCGGUUUAGCCUUUUGGGUCAUUGCUUUGCUGCACGGAGAUCUAGAUAACCCAGCAGGAGAUGAUAACUUCACUCCAUGUGUCCUGCAGGUGAAUGGAUUUGUGGCUGCCUUCCUAUUUUCCAUUGAAACACAGUCUACUAUCGGUUAUGGCUACCGCUGUGUGACUGAGGAGUGCCCAGUGGCUGUCUUCAUGGUGGUCUUUCAGUCCAUUGUGGGUUGCAUAAUUGACUGCUUCAUGAUUGGAGCCAUUAUGGCCAAGAUGGCGAGGCCUAAGAAGCGAGCCCAAACACUGCUGUUUAGCCACAAUGCAGUCAUUGCCAUGAGAGAUGGAAAGCUGUGCCUCAUGUGGAGAGUAGGGAACCUACGCAAGAGCCACAUUGUAGAGGCCCAUGUCAGGGCACAGCUCAUCAAACCUCGGAUCACUGACGAAGGUGAAUAUAUUCCCCUAGACCAAAUAGACAUUAAUGUGGGCUUUGAUAAAGGCCUAGACAGGAUUUUUUUGGUUUCACCCAUCACUAUUCUCCAUGAGAUAGAUGAGGAGAGCCCCCUGUUUGGGAUCGGCAAACAGGACUUGGAAACAGCAGACUUUGAGAUUGUCGUCAUCUUGGAGGGGAUGGUAGAAGCGACUGCCAUGACCACACAGGCUCGCAGCUCUUACCUGGCCUCUGAGAUCCUUUGGGGACACCGUUUUGAGCCGGUGUUGUUCGAGGAGAAGAAUUUGUACAAGGUGGAUUACUCUCACUUUCACAAAACCUAUGAGGUGCCGUCCACCCCUCGCUGCAGUGCCAAGGACAUGGUGGAAAACAAGUUUCUAGUCCCCAGCUCAAACUCCUUCUGUUAUGAAAAUGAGCUGGCCUUCCUAAACCGUGAGGAUGAGGAGGGGGAUGUUGGCAGUGGAGGAAGAGCACUGGCAAACCUGAGUCCGGACCGGAACAGUCGGCAUGAGUUUGAACGCCUACAGGCAACAAGGUCGCUGGAUCAAAGGUCCUACCGUAGAGAGUCGGAAAUAUGA